AUGGAACCAGAAAACCAAACAGCGGUCUCAGAAUUCCUCCUCUUGGGACUCUCAGAAAAGCCGGAGCAUCGGAUCUUCCUCUUUGGGCUGUUCCUCUCCAUGUACCUGGUCACCAUCUUUGGAAACCUGCUCAUCAUCCUGGCCAUCAUCACAGACUCCCACCUUCACACACCCAUGUACUUCUUCCUCUGCAACCUGUCCCUAGUCGACAUCUUCUUCUCUUCUACCACUGUCCCCAAGAUGCUGGUGAACUUCUGGACUCAGAACCAAGCCAUCCCCUUUGCGGGCUGCCUUGCUCAGAUGUAUGCCUUCCACCUGUUUGGGACCAUGGACAGCUUCCUCCUGGCUGUGAUGGCCAUUGAUCGCUUCAUGGCCAUUGUCCACCCUCUGCGCUACUUGGCCAUCAUGAGGCCUCGUGUGUGUGGGCUGCUGGUGGGGGGGUCAUGGCUGAUCACCAACCUCCAGUCUCUGGUGCACACCUGCCUCAUGGCUCAGCUGACCUUCUGUGCCGCCUCUGAAAUCCCCCACUUCUUCUGCGACCUCAUGCCCCUGCUGAAGCUCUCCUGCUCAGACACGCACACCAACGAGCUGGUGAUCUUUGCUUUCGGCAUCAUCAUGAGCAUCAGUCCCCUCGCGUGCAUCCUCUUCUCUUAUUGCUGCGUGUUCUGGACCGUCUUCAGGAUCCCUCCUGCUCAGGGAAAAUGGAAAGCCUUCUCCACUUGCAGCUCGCACCUCACCGUGGUGACACUAUUCUAUGGUACCAUCUUUGCUGUGUACCUGCAGCCCACAUCACCCGCCUCCUCCCAGAAGGACAAGGCAGCUGCCCUGAUGUGUGGGGUGGUCAUCCCCACGCUGAACCCCUUUAUCUACAGCCUAAGGAACAAGGACAUGAAGGCAGCCCUGAGGAAGGUGGUGCACAAAGCAGCUCCCUCUCAGUCCUAAGGCA